UUCCUUGCACUGCACUGCACUUGCCAACUUCCACAUCUGCUUCGUGCAGUUUCGACUCAGACUUGUUCUUUGGCGGAAAGAGAGAAUGAGACAUAACGAGAAUUUUACGGCCACGCAGACGCGGUCCAGUCGGGACUGAGUGUCAUGUCUGUUCAGUUGUUCUUUUUCCUUGUGGUCGCCUCAGACAUGGGAUCAAGCUUCGAAUCUCGAGUAGAGGCAGUGUACCCAUGGGAUUCAAGAUUCAGCCAACACAAGAUCCAAUCUCCAAUGCCUCAAUCAUUACUAGUAUGACACAGGCGUGAAACCCCUUCACCGGUGAAGGCUGUCCUGGACUGCCGGUUCUAUCGGGAAGCUUUCCCAUUGCGUCUUGCCUGAACUUUUAUAGACAGAGACGGUUACAUUGACACCCGCUUACCCGCCCUGGGGCCCCGGGCAUGCUUCCCCGGCACUGGCUUAAACUUCCGCUGUUACACUCUCCCGCUCUCUACCUACCUGCCUCACUGGGUACUAGCUUCCGAGCCAUACCUGUAUACAUGAAUCCGCUCUCCCCACAGGACCCCCUUUCCCAUCAAGUACUUCUACUGCCCACGAUGCUAGUAUUCAAACCGUUUGACAUUUUUACGGACGACAGAGAGGCAGUGUCGAGGUCGGGUUAUUAGACUUGGACCUUGAUCUACAACAGCGUGAAACGAUCCACAUACGAUGAACAGUACGGCGAAUGACACCACAGCACCAUCAGAAUUAUGCGACCCGAAUUAUAUAUGGCCGCCGGCAAGUGAACGAGCCCAUGAUUCCCUACGGCCAAACAUCUACGCUUCAACCGUGAUUUGCUGGCUUAUAGCCGCUCUUUUUGUUGGGUUGCGGCUAUACACGAGGAGCGUCAUUAUUCGAGUCUUGGGACCCACGGAUUGGAGUAUCUUGACUGCUUUGGUGUUUUCGUUGGCUACAAGUGUUGGGACUAUAGAGCAGGCUAUCAACGGUUCCGGCCUUCAUGUCUGGGACAUUGACUGUUCAGAUACAGCAGCCGGGACUGCUUGGUACAGGGCCUCCUGGUACUCUCUCGUCUUCUACACCCUUUGUCUCUACUUCUCCAAAGCUUCCAUCUUGCUACUUUACAUCCACCUCUUCAACUUUCGCUGGGCCCGACUCGGUGGCCAAAUCCUCCUGUCCAUCGUCACCAUCAGCCACGUCUACAUGCUCGCCGUGUGCUUCGUGGCCACUAUUCCCUUGAAUUCCUACUGGGACUCCACCAUUCACAGACAAUGGACUGCGCCCCAGUCAAUGUGGUGGUCCAGCACAGGUCUGCACAUGGCGACAGACUUUUUAAUUUUCUUGCUGCCGUUGCCUGUGGUGUGGUCAGUCAUGUUGCCCAAGAGGCAAAAGAUUGCGCUUUCCGUGGUCUUUGGAUUUGGUUUUGUGAUCUGCUUCAUCUCUAUCCUCCGCCUCCUCAAGCUCAUCAAAGUCCAAACUACCCGUAUCCAUCCGACCGAUUGGGCCUACAACGCCGCCGAGCUCACCUACCUUACGGCACUCGAGUGUAACGGCGCCAUUGUCUGCGCCUGCGUCAUGACGUUGAGGCCUUUCAUCGUCAAGUACUUCCCCAAAGUCCUUGCCUCCCAUUCCCGCUACCCCAUUGGAAGCAACGGGCAAGGCGGAAGAUUGAGUGAUAGCAUCACGCCGCCAACCAUUGGAUCAAAGCCGUUCAAGCCUCCGGUAUCACCGGCAGAGGCGGUUUACAUGCGACGGGAGAGGACGAAUGCUUGGAUGGAUGGUCGUUUUGUAGAGCUGGAUAAUGCGUGGGAGGGGUUCGAGGGGGCAGCGGUGAAUGACGCGGAGAUGAAGGAAGGGGUUGGGAAUAAGGAGAAGAACGGGGAGAAGGAGUAUUUGGGGGUGAGGAAAUGGAAUAGUCUGAGGACACUCCACCACCACCACGAUCAGAAAGGGGGUAAAAGUACUGGAGAAGAAGAUGGGAUCCAAGUGAGGAAAUGAGUGGAUGUUGCGGUGCAGGUUGCCCAGCCGAGGGAGCAUGGGAAUGAGUAUGGGAGUGGAAAUGAGAGUACCUAGAGACAGGGCAAGUGAGGUGUGCGGAAAGGGGACUGCAUUCUGAUCUCGUAAUGAUGGGAAACCUGCUAUCAGGCUGCGGGAUAAGGGCGUUGGAUGUUGUUUAUGGGCGAUGGUACCAAAACAGUUCGACUACGGAAUUUGGGUCUGAUCACGUACUGGGCUUGGAAAAUUCACAUUUGGCUGCAAAAGAAUUUCAAAGUGGAAUCAAACUGCUUGAAUGUAUAAUGCUAUUUGUGUAGUGGAGACAUCUAUGAAGGUCUAAUACUCGGGGAUUCAUUCUAUCUGUAGGUAGGUACCUCUAGGUAACUUCAAGAUGCGCUGACUUAA